AUGCUGAUCUCACAUUUAACACUACCAGUUAAUGAUAUUGAAUUUGUAGAUGCUCUAAUUUUAACAGCCAGUAGUCAGGAGGAAUCCUUCUGGAAAUUCUAAUUAUUGGCUAAUAAGCAUUAGAUGCAGCAGAUUCCUUUGGUAAAGCAAUACCAUCUGUAAUAAUAUUAUAUCAUAUUUAGGUGA